GUAGGUUUAUGUAAUUUCUGUCCAAACACUGUUGUGAGACGGGGAACUUGUACCAGAAACCAUUUACUCGUGAAUUAAAUUCAUUCAAUCACAUUAUUUUUAGCUUUAGGGUGUAGAAAGAAACGGAGAGAAUUCUUGGCCAUUGCAUUCAAUUUGGGAUCGUAGGGGAGGAGCAAACGAAUCGAUAGGCAUAUAGAGAGAUGGGUUGCUCGUUCUCGGGACUGAAUGCCCUUUACGACUCCGUUAAUGGUGGAGGGGAUGUUUGGAUCAAUGAGAAUCGGUUCAGGAUCUUGAGGCAGCUGGGAGAGGGUGGAUUUGCAUAUGUUUUCCUUGUCAAGGAGGUUAUAUCAGAUCCAUCCAACCCUGGAAUUUCUAAGAAAAUCAAGGACUCUUCUCAUGUCUCUGCUGAUGGAACAUAUGCAAUGAAGAAAGUUCUCAUUCAAAACAGUGAACAGUUGGAGUUGGUAAGAGAGGAGAUCCGUGUUUCCUCUCAGUUUAGCCACCCCAAUCUGCUUCCUCUUCUUGAUCAUGCAAUCAUUGCUGUCAAGGCAUCACAAGGACAAUCUUGGAAGCAUGAAGCAUAUUUGUUGUUUCCCGUGCACUUGGAUGGAACGUUAUUUGACAUUGCAAAUGCUAUGAAAGCUAAGAAGGAUUUCUUUUCUACCUCAGACGUGCUUCAAAUAUUUCGUCAGCUUUGUGCAGGACUUAAGCAUAUGCACAGUUUUGAGCCCCAAUAUGCUCACAAUGAUGUCAAACCUGGUAAUGUCCUCGUGACAUACAGAAAGGGACAAUCACCUUUAGCAAUAUUGAUGGACUUUGGAAGUUCUCGUCCAGCAAGAAAGCAGAUUCGGUCUCGUACAGAAGCGUUACGGCUGCAGGAAUGGGCUUCUGAGCACUGCUCGGCACCUUUCCGAGCUCCUGAAUUAUGGGAUUGCCCAAGCCAUGCUGAUAUUGAUGAGAGAACUGAUAUUUGGUCACUAGGCUGCACAUUGUUUGCAAUCAUGUACGGCGUAUCUCCAUUUGAAUAUGCACUCGGGGAAUCUGGUGGAAGCCUACAAUUAGCCAUCGUAAACGCUCAGAUAAAGUGGCCGAAUGGCCCUAAUCCUCCAUAUCCAGACGCCCUCCACCAGUUCGUGACAUGGAUGCUGCAGCCUCAAGCAGCAGUUCGACCUUGCAUCGAUGAUAUUAUAAUUCACGUUGAUAAGCUUAUAACAAAAUUUUCUAAGUGAAGAAAUGGGACCAUAGAAUUACAGGAUUAGUCAACACUUCAAAUGUGCACUUCAGGUGAUUGAAUUGCAAUUAAAUAUUUAAUUAUUUUUUCUCCCUUUUUGGUUGAAGUGAAUAUGUCAUAUGAAGGUAUAGGGAAUUGUUUAAUUGUUGGGGUUUUGUGUGGUUAUCUUUCUGCAUUGUAUCACAUUAGUCCAAAUGAUCUAGUUUUAUUAUAGCACCCUUCAUAUUAAUAAUUGA